AACACGUCACUGUCCGGAAGGCGAGAAGAAAACAUGUGAAAUCAACUUCAUCGUGUGGCGUGGUCGGAGAAAAAACCUGAAGCUUACCAGCAAAAAUGUCACAAGCUACAAAACGCAAACACGUCGUCAGAGAAGUUCUUGGAAACUUCGUUACUCCCACAGAAUCCCAGCAAAUAGUGAAGAUUACCGGCAGCCGCGGUAAUAACCUCCAUGAAACUGUGACGGCGCAGGGGGAGUCCUUCCUGGUCAGCAUGCCAACCAAAUACCGCAAGAACAUCUGGAUCAAGAGAGGGGACUAUGUGAUUGUGGAUCCCAUUGAGGAGGGGGAGAAGGUAAAAGCAGAGAUCAGUUUCAUUCUCUCCAAAGAUCACAUCCUCUACCUGCAGCAGCAGCAGCUCUGGCCAGAGGGGUUCACAGAGGAGCCAUCAGGGAAGGAUGGGACAAAGGAAGAGCGGACUGGACAGGAAGAAGAAGCUAGCAACUCUGAAGAUGAGAGUGAUCUUUUUGUGAACACCAACCGCUGUAACUACCAGUACAGCGAAAGUGAGGAUGAGGACAGUCAAGAAGAAGAAGAAGAAGAUGAGGAGGAGGAAAAGACUGCUGCUGGUUCUUAGUGCCAGAAGAAUGGCAGUGACAGACAAUCUAGAUUUAAAGUGUAACACUCAUGAGCUGAUGUAAAACUGAUUAUCUUAGCUACAAGUUUUGCUAGAGCUUUCUGUUUCCUUCUCAUCCUCCGUGCAUCUUGGAAGUUAGUGAAGCUGUAGCAGAUAUACCUGCCUCAGCUUGUGGAGGGAAUUUGAACAGUUUUCACACCAUACUGUUUUUCUGAAGGAUGCAGUUGCAACUAGCUGGAUCCCAUACCUAUUUUGGACAUUUUGUAAUUUGUCAAAACUAUCUGCCAUGAAAAUUUGAUCUGAUUAAGGUUUGCAUUAUCAUGAACUCUUUUCACUUCAAAUUGUUUUCGUGUUUGUCAAAACGUGUGCUUAAAAACCUGCUGUGAUUCACUUAACCAAAAUUACUAAAAUUAAAGGAUGUUGUUUUCCAUAAUUUUCUAAAAAAAUGUCACCUCUGGAAAAUUUUGUGCAAAAGUAAUACAAGCAUGUACAUGGAAAUACAUUUUGCAACAACUGCUAAAGAUACAGGGCGAGAAGGGAGCCGUACUCUUACUGCUAGUGCAAACAGCUCUAUUAAAACUUGGAUUUUAGAACAGCGCUGAGCCUGUCAUUUUUUGUUUUUCUCAAUUAAGCCCUUAAUGUUGCAAAAUAGAUUUGUAAAAUAAAAAGCGGUGAAAAAGAAACCUUGAAUAUGAGUGAUAUAUUUGAAGUUUUUUUUUAAAAUAAAUGA